UUUUGCAUUCUAACAGCGUCAUUUACGUGGCAAGAGUAAAAGUAUCAUUAGUGUUUAAUUGAGAAAUAUUACAACUUUUAUAAUAAAAAUGUCUCAUGAAGAAUUUGACGAGCCUGAAAAAAAUUUCACUGAAGGCUAUCAACCGAAAAUAAACGAAGUUGCUCAGAACUUUUUAGCCGAUUUGGAUAAAGAGCGUUCCCGUUUAUCGGAAGAUUUUCCCCUAUGCGCUUUGUUGAUUGAAGAAGCUUUCGAUCGCGUUUAUUCUACUGGCCGGAUACCUGGCAAAGAGUUUCAUGCCGACGUUUAUAAACAAAAGCCGAUGAAAAUAACCCAAAAAGUGUUUGUGCCAAUCAAACAAUAUCCGAAAUUUAAUUUUAGCGGUAAGAUUCUGGGACCUAAGGGUAACUCCCUACGCCGUCUGCAAGAAGAAACUCAAUGCAAAAUUGUUAUAAAGGGUCGCAAUUCAAUGCGAGAUCGCAACAGAGAAGAGGAAUUACGUAGUACGGGGGAUCCGAAAUAUGCUCAUCUAAAUAAAGAUUUAUUUUUAGAAAUUAGUACUGUAGCACCGCCGGCUGAAUGUUAUGCUCGAAUAGCAUAUGCAUUAGCUGAAGUACGUAAGUAUUUGAUACCUGAUAAGAAUGAUGAAGUCUCGCAUGAACAACUGCGGGAAAUUAUGGAGAUGAAUCCAGAAUUAGCUAAGAACAGUUAUGGUGGUAAUCCGGAACUAUAUAAAUCUGUAUUUGAAAAAUCAGGUGCUGUAGGACCUCCCAAAUAUUUACGUUUGCUUAAACACGCAACGUAUGACGACACUGCUAAAGGAAUUCAUUACGAACCCAAGCAAACACGCGAGAUGGACUAUAAUGGUUUCGAAUUUAGUAAAGCGUCAUCUUCUGCAGCGGCUGCUAAACGUUCUUCUGUAAUGUCUUACUUAAAUGAAGCAAAACGUGUACGUGACGGUGGUUCCUUUGCUCCUAGACCGUAUGCUACUAAACCCUACAGUAUUUUAAAGAAAUAUAAAUAAAUCAAUAAGUAAUGUGCAAUGAGCCAUUAAAUUACAAUAAAUUUUUACCGAAUUUUAUAAUAAACUUUGAAAUGUAAUUACUAAAAUGAUACGUUUUAUCAAAAUGACAGUAUGUCGAUAAAUUAUUAAAUAUUCAUAAAGAUUAAAAUGAUGAAUCAAUUAAUGAAAUUAAAUUUUAUAAAAACAACAGAUUUUAUAAAUACAAUACCUUUUAAAAUUCUAACCUAGAUUAUAAAAAAAUUAUAGUAUAGUAAUAUCUAUCAAUUAUUAACCACUCCAUAAAUGAAUAAAAAUAUAACUCUA